AUGACACAUAAUGUGCCACAAACUGUGAUUGAGGGUGCUCUGGUGUUCGCCUACGUUUUCGUUCUUUUCAUUAUCAUUACUUCCGAAGUGAAGGUCUUUAGAACUGCUUUUUACGUUAUAUUCGUGGCAACAGGAAUUACUGAUGUAUGCUCCAUUCUCAUAAGCUGUUUCACUCGACUGAAUAGAGAACUAAGUCUAAGUCCAGCUUCACACUCGUUCGUCACAGCUGCUAUAAUUCUCAAUGGAGCAACUUUCCUCUCCCACAUGAUUGGGAAUACGCUUAUAGCAAUCAACAGAUAUUCAGCUCUUUGUCUCAUGAAGACAUACGAUAAG